AUGGAAACAUUCCCAAGGCACCGAUUUACUGAUCGGUACCCACUAUUUUGCAUUUUGCUAUUAUGAGGCUUGGCUUUAUAUGGGAUUUCUAUCCCAGCCAAGACAUUAGAGAAUUUGAAAGUAGGCACCUGAACUUUGGCCUACUCCGAGGGAAUUUGAAAGGCCCAUGACUUUAAAUUUUCAUGCUGCGGCAGCAAAGAAGAUAUAGCCAUAUCACAGUGCCAAGGAAGACAGAAGCAACUUACUCUUGAACCUUUGAGGUUGAAACACCAUUUCCAAGCGUUUCUUGCUAAUUAA